AAUGACAGAAAUGUGGUUAGGAAACGAAGACCGAAGGGCGAAGAGGUUGAUUUGGAAGAGCAAAGUGAUGGAGUAGUGGACAAUCCUCAUUCUAAAGUUGAGGAGAUCCAAGAAUUUGAUGGGCACAGAGAUUCUGAUACUGGUAGGGCAAAGAAAGACAAGAAAAAAAGGAAAAAGGAGGAGGGAGAAGGGUGCAAUCAGGAGGAAGUUUAUAUUAUUUCCUCUGUUGACGAUGACUGCUCAAAAGGAAUGAAAAAAUGGAUCAUGGAAUACCAUCAAAGUAGACCAGGAUUGGAUGUAUUGCAAAAUCAAAUUGAUGACUAUAUAACAGCUCAUGAGGCAAAACUGGAAGAGGAAAGAGAAGAAAAAGAAGCCCUUGCUGCAGAAGGGGGGUGGACAGUUGUUGUACACCAUAAGGGUAGAAAGAAAACUACUGACUCUGAGAGUGGAAUUGCUGUGGGCUCUGUUGCUCAAGCUGCUGUAGAGAAUAAAAUGACCAAAAAGAAACAUAAAGAAGUUGGUCUAGAUUUCUACCGCUUUCAAAGAAAAGAAGCACAGAGAAAUGAGAUCAUGACACUGCAGAGCAAAUUUGAGGAGGAUAAAAAACGUCUGCAGCAGAUGAGAGCUGCCAGGAAAUUUAGACCUUAUUAGACUACGUUUUUGGUGUACAAGGUUCACAGUGGGUUUUUUGGUGGAUUUGGGGUGGGGUGGGGUGGAGGUAGUUAUGUAGUCUUGAAGUUCAAUUAUCCCAUAGCUCUGAAAUUUAAAACAAAAAGUUCAUUUUAUCAUUCUCCAAAUUUGUCGAAAUUAUUUGUACAUUUGGUGUAGGUGGUAGUUAUUGAUUUGUAUGACUUUGCAGGGUUGGAAAUGCUGAUCAGCCCCUUUCUGUCCGUUAUUGUGACUGCAUUUUGGUCAUUUUGGCUACAUUGUUUUAAACUUGACAAUAUCUAUAAUUGUUAGAUUCUUAUUUACUCCAAA